CGGCCGCAGGCGGCUGUGGGCGGUACCCGGCCUGGCCCCUGGGCCCGGGGUGGGGCCGUAGCGCCACGGAGAGGAGCGGCGGACCUCGGAGGGAGGGGGGAGGUUGGGAGGGGCUAGAACCUUGGACAUGGCAGAUCGGGGACUUCAGAGGACAUCCCAGUUCAAGCCCCGGUGAGGAUUCGUCUUUAAGAGGCCGCUUUGGACCCGGAGACUGCAGAGACCCUGAGGAGAGAGACUGUUUCGUCAUCUGUCCACUUCUGGUCUCCAGACAGAGCUGGAGCCCCCCACUCUUCCUGCUUAGGGGUGUGGUCAGCCUUUUCCAAAGGCCAGAUACCCAUCCCCAAUAGGCAGCCUUGUUUGCCCAUGACUUCCACUCGGAGAGAAGACCCGGUUCCGGAUAAUCUGACCUUCCCUUCCUAGAUGGACCCAGGGUGUUUACUAGAUCGCUAACUAGGCGCGGCCUGUUGAUAGCUGGUGUAGGCUGGGAGACCAACUUUUGGGUUGAGGGGACGAGGAGGCUCUGAGCUGCCUUCCCUCCUUCCAGGGCUGGGUAGCCAAGCAGCCAUGCCUACCGGGGGGGCUGGCUCCCCGUCCCCUGACCGCUUUGCCGUGUCUGCCGAGGCUGAGGACAAGGUGCGGGAGCAGCAACCCUACGUGGAGCGCAUCUUCAGCGUGGGGAUGAGUGUCCUCCCGAAGGACUGUCCUGAGAACCCUCACAUCUGGCUGCAGCUGGAGGGCCCCAAGGAGAACGCCAGCAGAGCGAAGGAGUUCCUGAAGGGUCUUUGCAGCCCAGAACUGCGGGAUGAAGUCCACUACCCACCCAAACUGCACUGCGUCUUCCUGGGAGCCCAGGGCUUCUUCCUUGAUUGUCUGGUCUGGAGCACAUCAGCCCACCUCGUGCCAGGGCCCCCCGGUUCGCUGAUGGUCAGUGGCCUGACCGAGGCCUUCGUCAUGGCUCAGAGCAGAGUGGAGGAGCUGGUGGAACGGCUGAGCUGGGACUUCCGGCCGGGGCGCUCCCCUGAAGCCUCUCAGUGUGCUGGAGUGCGGAGAGACUUCUCUGCCCUGUUGCAGCCCUGUGGGGAUGCCCACAGAGAGGACUUGCUGCAGCUGCCCCUGGCUGUCCAGGAAGAACUGUUGAGCCUGGUGCAGGAGGCAUCCAGGGGGCAGGGGCCCCAGGCACUCCCCCCCUGUGGCGGGGGGAGCCCAGGCCCACUGGGUGCUCAGUACCAGGGAGUCAGAACUCCCUCGAGUGAAGGCAGGGAGUCCCUGGACCCUGGACCUACGGGGUGGCGAGAGUCAAGGGGAGAGAGACAGGUUAUGGAGAAGGAGGGAGGGAAGCAAGGUGGUCCCAGGGAGAUGGAUUUGGAAUGGAAAGAGCUGCCUGGGGAAGAGGCCUGGGAUAAAGAAGGGGCCUUCAGAUCACAGUCAGGCGGGGGAGUGGCAGGGCAGGUAGGGCCCCUGACAGGAAAGGCCGUGGGCAAGGAGGGGGUGCCUCAGGACAGAGGAAGGUCGUUCUGUGUCCAGGGUGAGCCUGCUGGUGCCCAGGGCCCCUGUCAGAGGACAGCUCAGCCCCGGGGAGCCUCCCUCCUCCAGCGGCUACACAACGGGAAAGCCUCACCUCCAAGGGUGCCUAGCCCUCCACCUGCGCCCGAACCCCCGUGGCACUGUGGAGACCGAGGAGACAGGGGAGACAAGCAGCAGGUCGUGGCACGAGGUCGUGGGUCUCCAUGGAAACGAGGCACACGCGGGGGCAACUUGGUGACUGGCACGCAGCGUUUCCAGGAGGCCCUGCAGGACCCUUUCACCCUGUGCCUUGCCAAUGUGCCCGGCCAGCCAGACCUCCGUCACAUUGUCAUUGAUGGCAGCAACGUGGCCAUGGUGCACGGUCUCCAGCAUUACUUCUCCAGCCGGGGCAUCGCCAUCGCUGUGCAGUACUUCUGGGACCGGGGCCACCGGGACAUAACUGUCUUUGUGCCUCAGUGGCGGUUCAGUAAGGAUGCCAAGGUCAGAGAGGGCCACUUCCUGCAGAAGCUCUACUCCCUCAGCCUGCUCUCCCUCACUCCCUCCCGAGUCAUGGAUGGCAAGAGGAUCUCCUCUUACGAUGAUAGGUUCAUGGUGAAGCUGGCUGAAGAGACCGAUGGGGUCAUUGUGUCCAAUGACCAGUUCCGGGACCUGGCGGAGGAGUCUGAGAAGUGGAUGGCUAUCAUCAGGGAGCGCCUGCUGCCUUUCACUUUUGUGGGAAACCUCUUCAUGGUUCCUGAUGACCCGUUAGGGCGAAAUGGCCCCACACUGGAUGAGUUCUUGAAGAAGCCAGUCAGGGCACAGGGGGCUUCUAAGGCUCAGCAUCCUUCCAGGGGCUUCGCAGAACCCGGGCAGCAGCAGCAGGGGAGAGAAGAGGAGGAAAAAGGCAUUGGUGGCAUCCGGAAGACCCGGGAGACCGAGCGGCUGCGGCGCCAGCUGCUGGAGGUGUUCUGGGGCCAGGACCACAAGGUGGACUUUAUCCUACAGCGGGAGCCGUACUGCCGGGACAUCAACCAGCUCUCGGAGGCCCUGCUGAGUCUCAAAUUCUGAGCCUCACCUGCCCGACUGACUGACUGGCUGCCACGUUGUCAGCUCCAGCCUGGCCCGGCUCAGCUCUUUCUGUGAGGGUCCUUGUGCUGCUAAGACCCUGACCUAGACUCACUCUGAGUUGGUGGGACUUGAUCUCAUCUUGAGUCAGGACCUUAAGUAGCUCUCAAGAGGUUCUGCUCAGCCUUAAGUUCUCAACCUUGCCAUAGCACAGGGUUUCUGUAGGGAGUGGGGGCCCGCUGGGAAGAGCAGGUCCUGGAGAUCGGGGCUGCCGGCUCCUCCUUCAAACUGAGCUGGGGAUGGAGGCUGGGGGGGUGGGGAACCAGGAGCAGGUGGCAAAGAAGCGAUGUCUUUCCUCCCCCGGCUGUGGCUCUGGAUGUCAGAGGGCCAGGUUCCUUCCCAGGCCUGGCUGGGCUCCAGGGUGCAUCGAAGGGAAUGCUGGGCCCUGGGGAGGCUAGUGUCAUGGGGUCUGGGUCACAGUGGGGCAGCGGGGAGCUGGUGGAGAAGGCAGAAGGAGACGUGGCUUCCGGUCUCAGCUAUGUCUGUCUGUGACUUUGAUGGAGCUGCUUGGCCUUUACUUCUGCCUGUAAAUCAGGGGUAAAAAUGCCGGCUGGGAAGAGAAAUGAGAACAUAAGAGGAAAGCUCGGAGGAAAGGUACUUGCAUCAAGUCUCAGGUGUGUCUGUCUGUGGCUGCACAGGCUGCCUAACCAAAACCUCACUUCGCCAGAGCUGAGGAUCCCCAGGCCCCAGAUUUUAACACUGCAUCCUCAGUAGCCUAUGCCCUAUAAUGGCUGCGUCCCUUUUGGGCAACCCCCCAAGUCCACAUUUACAAAACAGUUAAUUAGGGGUGACUGUUUGCAUUACCAGAAUACUCUCAGGGUUCCUAUAAAUGGCAGCUUUCCUGUUGCAUUCAAGUGUUUACAGAUGAACGAAUGUGUCAGAAAGUCCCCGGUUAGAUGCACUUGCUGAAGUGUUGAGUGUUCGCCAAACUGAUGAAGCCAUGCUCUGCAAUGACAAUGUUAAUGUGAUCUGACCCCAGCAUUUUCUCUACAGAACACAUAUGUGGCAUAAAGUGAGCCCCACUUC